AUGUCCAGCUGGAACCAGUCAAAUUUCCGAGUUGCGGAAUUUAUUCUUGUUGGGUUCCCCGGAUUCCAGGACAAAGAAAGCAAGAAUAUCCUGCUGGCCAUCUUCCUGAUGAUUUAUCUUCUGAUUCUACUGGGAAACGUUCUCAUCAUUGUUAUCCUUUCACUGGACGAGAGUCUAUACAUUCCUAUGUAUUUGCUUAUAUUAAAUCUUGCUGUUCUAGACAUAGCAAUCUCAACUACGACUAUCCCAAAACUGAUAUCUGCCCUUCUCUUUAAUGACAAUAUCAUUAGCUUUGCAGGAUGUUUUAUUCAGAUGGGUUGCUGGUUAGGUGUUCUGACUGCCACUUCUUUUCUUCUGGCACUCAUGGCAUAUGACAGAUAUUUAGCCAUUUGUAGCCCUCUGCACUACCCUGCCAUAAUGAGUAACAGUCUGGUCAUGAAGCAAAGCCUUUUUUGUUGGCUAGCUGGAUUAGUGAUUGGUGGGUUUCUAGUUAUUCUGGCUCUGCGGCUACCAUUUUGUGGGCCAAAUAAAAUAAUCCACUGCUAUUGUGAUCAUUCGUCUGUGCUCAGACUGGCCUGUGCAGACACGGUGAUUAACAAUUACCUGGGUCUGGCAAUUGCCUUGUGUAUAUUGAUUUUACCCUUGUUGUAUAUCUUCUUUUCCUACAUUAAAAUUGUCAUGGCAGUCAUCAAGAUCACCACCUCUGAAGGACGUUUGAAAGCCUUUUCCACAUGCGGGACACAUCUGCUCAUCAUUUCUGUCUUCUUUCUCCUGACUAUCUUCAUCGCGUUGUCCUACCGAAUUCCUGGCAUAUCUGCAGACUCACGUAUCAUGGUGUCUUUGCUUCAGAGUGUAAUCCCUCCUUUAGCAAAUCCCUUUAUUUACUGCUUCAGGUCAAAAGAGAUCAGAGGCAGCCUGGAGAAAACUGUCAAGAGAAGCACAAUAUUACCAAGAAGGUCCUGA